AAAUUCUUGAUGAUUCCUAUCAGUCAGUGGUAAGGCCGUGUCGGUCUUUCGCGCUGCACAACAAAGGGCAAACCGCCUUCGCGUCAACACGGAUUUCAGGGUGAAACUUUUUCACGAGCGUCCUCCGGUUUGCUUGUUGUCCAGAGAAGCUGAAAGACUCGCUCGGCCCAGACGGGAGACGCCAAAUUGUCGUGGAAAUUAGACAACACUCGCAGACUCUGAAGAUAAACAUUCUGUACUGAUCUCAGUGAUAUGACGUGGACUUCUUAGGCGUUAUCCUCUGAUGAACAUGAACAGAAACAAAAUUAUUACAAAUCUGACAGAGUGGCAGUGUGCAGACGCCCACAGGUGGGUGUGGUCGCAUAAUAACAAGCAGCACACAGGAUCAAGAGCGGCAUUUCAGUAGUGUGGUGAGAGAACAGUCAGCCACUCGACCACGGGUGUGAGAAUCCUCAGAGCAAGCAGAAUUAAUAAUGGAUCCCAUCUACUCAAAUGAGAAAUCGGAGAAGUCUGAUAAUCCUCCAGCGUACCAGGCCAAUAUGGGGUAUCCUCCAGCGCAAGGGGCCGCCCCUCAGGGGGUUUACCCUCCAGUCCAGGGGUACGGUGCUACACCUUAUGGAGCUCAGCCGUACUCGGGCCAGGCCGGCGUCACCGUCCAGCCCACCGUGUUCGUGACCCCGGCGAUUCAGGUUAACCCCAUCCCUGAUUACCUGGGUUACUCCAUCUUCACCAUGCUGUGCUGCUGCUUACCCCUGGGCAUCGCAGCUCUCAUCUACUCCAUCAACACUCGAGACGCCAACCUGACCGGCAACAGGGAUCUGGCGUUGAGACACUCCCGCACGUCACGGCUCCUGAACAACAUCGCCCUGGGGCUCGGGAUCGUCUCCAUAAUCAUCAUGAUCAUCAUCGUCGCCGUCUCGGCUUCGACAGCUGCUGCGAGCAUACACCACUUUAACUGAUCCACGAGAGAGCUUUACCAAGACAUCGUCAUUCAUUAAAAGAUUAUUAUCCUUUUACGUUGCAUAUCGAUUUAUUUUAUAUGAUUGGCUUUAUUUCAAAUAAUACUGAGCAUCUAAAUAUGAUCUGACAGCAGAGAUGUAUGUGUACACAUAAAGAGUUCAGUGCACCUUUAUACUGCAAGCGUUUGAACCUAAAUUCUGUUCCUAUUCCUGUAUUUGAAUGUAUAAGUCAACAUUUAACAUUUUAUAUAUAUAUAUAUAUAUAUAUAAUAACAUUAUUCAAUUAUUAUUAAAUAAUGAAUAAUUAUACAGCAACACUUCUUUGUUAUACGCUUCCAGUCUGAGUUACUAAAUAAACUACCAACUUGGUGUGUA